AUGUUUAGCAAUUUACACGCUCCACGAGGUGAUCGUGCCAGGUCAAAAUCUCCAGGUGGACGUACUGCCCGAGCCAGCAACGACCAUUUUGCAGCUGCCGGCGACGACCGGCGACACCGUAAGCCCUCGCGAAGCAAGUACAGUGAGUCAGAGUCAGAAGGGGACGACUAUCCUGAGCCACCUCAAUACGAGGAUCGCACCCCAGAUGCGUAUAACGCGCGAUCAGACAAGGAAAACCUUAGACGUCAGAAAGAGGAAAACGAGUACGAGUACAGCAAGAAAGGAGGAAACAAGUACGCUGCUUCUGGGAUAGAAGACGUGAAAACGGCUGGUAGUCGAAAGGGACGAGAUCCUUACGCAGAUUAUGCUGGAACACCACAAUAUGCGCGCGGGAACGGUACUGCAUUCACGAACGGCGACUCCUUACAAUAUGCUGCCUUCCCUGGUACUGGUACAAUCCCAGGUGGGUUUCCUGGACAAUCAGUCAAGCCACCACCUAGUCCGCAACCUCGUCCCAUAGGAACACGAUACGAAGAUGUAGGAAAAGUACGGUAUGCUCAAAUUGAUCCAAACAGCAUACAAUAUAACUACAACAACGGUACUCGUCAGCCGUCGUACGCGAAGGCCUACGAUGGUACUGCAAAUCCCACUCGACCCCCAGGUACAGCACAAAGGAAGGCAUACAACGAUGACAACUACGCGACAAGAGAACCAGUACGUCCAGCAGGUAGCAGACAUGGUACCGAUGAGAGAGUCAAGACUUUGGGCGAAUCUGGCAGACGACAAAGCUAUCAUCGUGAAAGGUCGAAAUCGCCAGCACCGGGAAACCCGGCUGGAUUUAGUACAGAACAACUGCGAAAAAGCCUUGGACGACUAUCAACCAGCGGCGUGUCUGGAGCCAAUCUGGGUGUAGCUGGAGCAAGUCUAGCAGGUGGUAGCAGACCGCCAGCAUCGCCACUUCUCGAGGCCUAUAAAGGCACAUAUCAGACUAUUUCUCCACUUCCCUCACCAUUGACGGCCGCUAGUGGCAGGAGAGAUGAGGAAGCCAUGUCAGAUUUUGACCUCAGUGACAGUGAUGACUCAGAUGAGGAGAUAUCUCAGCAGAUCAAGGCCCUGAAACGGGAGAGGCAAGGUAUAGCUGGUAGGAACGGCAGAUCGCCGAAGACAUUGGACUCAAGGCUUGAGACUGGUGGGUCGAAAGCACGAAGACUAUCUAGCAAUGCGAUGGCAGUUGCUAUUAGGCCCGAGAAGAAGAAGGCUGUUUCUUUCUAUAAUCCAGACAAGGAUGCUGAGAAGAUCGCCGAGGCUUUAAAAGGCAACCACAGAACGCCUGAUGUGAAGCCACUUCUCAAGAUCCUCCCAUGGCUUACCACGGACGAGAUUACAACACUCAAAACAGCUUAUAAGAAUUUCGCCAAGAUCAAUGGGCAAGGCAUCAACCUUAGCAAACAUAUUAAGGCACGUUUUCCUGGUGGCAAUCUCGGCAAAGUGCUCUAUGCGACAAGCUUAGGAAGGUACGAGGGCGACGCAUACUGGGCAAACUGUUUCUAUCAGUCUGGUGCAUCCAGGCGGGAGCUGCUAAUCGAGUCGCUCUGUGGCCACAGCAACGAGACCAUUCAUCAAAUUAAAGACGUGUUCAAGGACAAGAGGUACGACGAUGAUCUUGAAAAGUGUAUGAAAGCUGAGUUAAAGGCGGACAAAUUCCGCUUCGCCAUCUUGCUUGCUCUUGAAGAACGUCGACAACCUGAAGGCCUUGGUAUUAAUAUGCGUGAUGUCCAUGAGGAUGGAGAGGAUCUGCGUGAUGCUCUGGCAGGAGCAGGCGGAGAAACAGCAAUGAUCAAGAUCAUCAUGACCAAAAGUGACGACCAUUUGCGUGAAGUGAUGAGGUAUUAUGAAAAGAGUCACAAGCGGAAUUUUGCAAGAGACAUGAUCUCGAAGUCUCAGAACCUGGUGGGCGAAGUAUUAGCUCACAUCAUCAACGGAGCUCUAAACCGACCUAUGCGCGAUGCCAUGCUAUUGCACCAAGCUAUAGAAGAAUUUGCGCCUCCUGCUCAAUAUGGUCGCUCCCCAUCACCUACUGCAUCGAAGCCUAGUGCAGGCCGGGCAGAACUCCUGAUAUCGAGAGUCGUCAGACUGCACUGGGAUUCUAGGCACCUCGAGAAGGUAAAGAGAGCCUACGAAGAGCGGUACAGAGAGACUGUGGUUAAUGCUAUUCGUCGCGAUGUCCAAGGCGGCAUGAAGACUGAUGAUGGCAAAGCAUGGGCUGCCUUCUGUAUGGACCUGAUCAGAAGCAGUGAGGCCUGA